AAUGAGAGAAUGAAAAUAAAAAAAUAAAAAGAGAGAGGUCUGGUUUUAUAGGAGCGGAAAAGGCGUCAUUUUCAGCGCAGAAAACAGUGGUACUAGUCUUACAGGAGUAUAGCAGGGCUGGUUUACAUAGCUAUAACAAGAGACGCUACGGCGAGGCGAAAGGCAUUAUCAAAUCGCUGCGAGAAGGCUGCAAGGAGUGAGAGUAAUUUCUCGUCUCUCAUCACCACGACGCAUAUUUCUGUGCACCAACAAGCUAUCGAGAAAACGGUGAUGAAAAUGGAACGAAAAGGGCCUCUUCGGUUCCGUUAAUAUUUGACCAGUAGCCUAUUAGCCCACAGUCAUAUUCGAAGGCGCGCUUUAAAGGGACAUACAGGACAAACGGACGACGCGAUUGACUGAUUUGCUGCUCCCCCGUUCUCUGGAGGAAUCGGACGCUCACCCCCGAGACGCGUGCUUUGCCGCACAGCCCAAACUAUGUAGCGCCGCGAACGAGAUGAGCAUGAACUGGGCAUAAAAGAUACCGGUGAACGGCAAGAUAGGACUGCAAAGCAAAAUAGGAAUGUCAGUGCCUUUUCCUCUACACAGCGACGGACAGAAAGACUGCUUAACUGCAAUGAACAUCUAAUACACAAACCACAGGCGAUGGGAUGAAAAUGCGACGGCACAGGGUGUUCUUGCUUUGCACAGUGGGCCUGUGCGUCAUCUCCUUCCUGCACUACUACAAGGCCCUGCACUACGUCUCCCUGCUGAGGGAGCUCUCCGCUCCCUACCCCAACAUCCAGUCCUUCAUCAUGGUCACCGGGUUCUUCUGGAAGGAGCGGGCCACCCCCCUGGCCGGCGCCCCCCCGGAGGAGGGCCCGCCCCUGGCCAUGCGGCCCUCCAACACCGGGGCCCGGGAUCCCGAGGUCGUGGAGAGUCAGCGGGCGCCAGAGUUGAAUCUCGGGGAAGGGUUGGGGGUCCCCCACCCAUGGAAGAGGCCAGAAGAACCACAGCAGAGAGAGGUGGAAGCCACUGAGGAACUGGAGGUUAAGGAGGUGUUGCUGGACCCAAAACUCAAUGUAAAUCCCUGGUACCCCAGCGAUCUGCACCACAUGAGGCCUGAUCGAAAGGACAGCCCCCCGACAGCCGCCCUCUCGGAUCCUGAAAGGCUCCUCGGGGACCUCCACCAGCGGAGCUUCCUGCUCCGCGACGACCCCACUCCCUACUUCGCGCGCACGAGAGCCGGGGCCCGGUGCUUCCGGCAGGGGACGGAAACGGCGCCCCCCAGGGACGAUCCGGGGAAAGGCGGUGUGACGGCGGCGAGCCAGAGGAAGAUCUUGGAGGUCCAGGAGGGGGUGAACCCAGCGGUGUCCAAACCCAAGAGGGGCAAACGUCUCGUAAAGUGCGUGUGUCGCCCGGGCUGGCAUGGCCCCUACUGCGGCGUGCCCACCAUGGUGCACCACUCCAACCUGCCCACUAAAGAGAGGCUGAUGCCCAGGGAGGUGCCUCGCAGGAUAAUCAACGCCAUCAACGUCAACCACGAGUUCGACCUCCUCCACGUCCGGUUCCGCGAGCUGGCCCAGGCUGUGGACCUCUUCCUGGUGUGCGAGUCCAACUUCACGGCCUACGGCGAGGGCCGUUCCCUGCAGUUCCUGCGCCGCCUCCUCAACGGGACCUACGACUACGUGAGGCACAAGAUUCUCUACGUCUUCCUGGACCACUUCCCCGAAGGCGGCCGGCAGGACGGCUGGAUCGCCGACGACUACCUGCGCACCUUCCUGACCCGCAACGGAAUGUCCCGGGUGGUGGGGUUGCGCCCCGACGACGUCUUCAUCAUAAACGACGCCGACGAGAUCCCCGCGCAGGAGGGCGUCCUCUUCCUCAAGCUCUUCGACGGCUGGACGGAGCCCUUCGCCAUUCACAUGCGCAAGUCCCUCUACGGAUUCUUCUGGAAGCAGCUGGGCUCCCUGGAGGUGGUGUCCGGGUGCACGGUGGGCAUGCUGGCCGGCGUCUACGACAGCGACGGCAUCAAGCUGCGACGGAGGGAGUACUACACCAUGCCGGGCUUCCGGAAGUACGAGAACGACACGGGCCACAUCCUGGUGCAGUGGUCUAUCGGGAGCCCCUUCCACUUUGCCGGCUGGCACUGCUCCUGGUGCUUCAGCCCGGAGGGCAUCCUCCUCAAGCUGGUCUCGGCCCAGAACGGGGACUUCCCCCGCUGGGGGGACUACGAGGACAAGCGCGACCUCAACUACAUCCGGGAGCUGAUCCGAACUGGGGGUUGGUUUGACGGGUCGGUGCAGGAGUACCCCCCGUCGGACCCCAAGGAGCACAUGUACGCCCCCAAGUACAUGUUCGACAACUACAAGCACUACCAGUACUUGCUGGAGAACCCAUACACUCGGCCGGAGAAGCCAAAUGUAGAGUAGUAACUCCGAGCAGGCUGGAGAUGAGAAGGGAGGUGUUUUUUUUGACAGGGGGACAGGUUCCAGCUUCUAGUGUUGGGGGGGGGGGGGGGUAAACGGACCACUGGCUAUUUAUUAUUCCCCCGUGUCGUCAGUUUAAACUCCUUUCCUGUCCACUGGCCACCCCAUUCCUCAGAUUGACAGGAGAGAGACUGGGUGGAAGGACAGCUGUGGGACACAGAGUUGGGGGACGAAACAGCGCAGUCGUGGAGCCCUGUGAAGUUUCAGUGUUGUUUUGUUUCUCUUUGAUUUCCCUGCUCACUUCGUUCCACCAGAAUGGGGCUUGUGCAGCUCGGGCGGCCCUUCUUUUGUUUUUUUUCUUUCUCUUUCCUGUUUGUCUUUCACUUCCCAAUUCCUCCCACAUGCGAGUUAAAAGUGAGGUCCACUGCGAAUUUGUGCUUUUAUUAACUUGCGGUUUUUUUUUUCUUCUGACAAGCAGACUCAACCGCCUCCCCCCCCCCACCCACACGCUCGCCCCUCCAGCGAACUCUUUCUCAGAGCUCGAUGGUGAAGUUUUUUUUUUUUUUUGUUUUUUAAUAGCAAUGCGGAGACAAAGGGAAAAUGGCCAGCAGUGCCGCGUAGUAGAGGUCCUUCUGCUCAUCCAUCGUUCUCCGCGUGAGAAUCUGCUGAUACGAUGAACCCCCCCGUGAGGGGGUAAUACGAGCCCGCGGAGGUGUGCUGUGCCAUGGCCAUUUAUACUGCAAUCCAGCCAUUCUGCAGUGGGCUGCUUCAUGUCCGAAUACAGCAGGUCGUGCUGGGGGGGGGGGGGGUGGUGUUUGGGGCGAGGAGGGGAAGGGGCGUGGAGUCUGUUUCAGGCAGAUCUAACCUGCGUACUGCGACAGCAUUCAGAAUGUUUUCAUAAAUUCCUGCAGAGGGAAAGCCGAGAGGAAGGACAGCCCCAGCACUCAAAUGACCUGCUGUAUCUGCAGCGGCAUGAAGUAGACUGCGUUUCCAUGACAGCUUGCGAGGCGGGGGGUGUGGGCGGCCGGCCGGCGGGCGAGGGGGUUGUUUGGGAGGGAAGGAAAGGAAGUGGGUGGAACCAUUUCAAGCGAGUAAGUUCAAGUUAGGUCAAACGGGCCUUUGGAGGCAGUCUAGGAAACGUGGAGGGCCUCAGAAACCCAGCGGGUUCUGCGUAGUGCUGAGAACUGGCCACCAAGCUUUAGGGAAGGGGGGAGGGUUUAAGAGCAACAAAGACGACGAAAAUUGGGAAGUGGGGGCCGAGGUAAAAAUGAGUUUGAGAUUCUGCCUAAUUACCAUUGAAGGUGGAACACAAUGCCCCCCCCCCCCAUCACCACCCCCGCCCACCUCUUUUGUGACCUACGCCUCAGAUCAUUCUGUAUUUAGUUGCCAAAAAAUGGAAGAUGAGGUUUUUUUUCCUUUCUCUUUUUGUUAAAGAAGUUAAAAAGGCUGUUCCCUGUUGGCAGACAAUGGUGCUUGAUCCUGGAUGCGCCCGGUCAUGUUCGGGUUUGAAAGGGUGCGGAGGCCCCUCCUGGCUUAGGCCCUACGGGCGUGAGGUGGCUAUUUUUAAGGCUACGUUUUUGCCCUUUGAUUUUAGGGCUUGGCGUCGCUGGCCUGGUGCCAUGAAGGGCGGGGUUGCGUACCUGAGCGCGAGCAUGCCCCGUUUAUUAUCCUUGGAAACCGUGUGACACUGAUGCUCGGCAACAGCAAGUCCACGCCUUCAAAAAUCUGAAUCCCCUCGGUGUUUAUGUGUUUCGUGGUGCGACAGGGUGGCCAGUUUCCUUUGAAACAUGACUCAGUGAGUCACUUAAAAAAAAAAUGAAAACAAAAUAGGUCCAGAUUGAUUUUUGAAAACAGCUUAAGUUAGAGGAGGGCAGCCAUUAAAUGUAGCCUAGCUAAAUUUUUCUCUUGUGCAAGCCGUUGUGCCGGUAGCUGUCUUCCUGAGGGGUGGCAGUUGGGCCAUAAGGCUAAUGCUGUGAGUUACCACGGCUGCAGCUGAACAGAGCUUUCACAUCUCUGCUUUCCUGCCACUGGGUUCGGAUCCAAUCCUGUAUCUAAGGAACAUUCCUAGAGUGGGGCCUGAAAAAUAAGUAAAAAAUUAAAUUAAAUCAAUCUGCUAAGGUAAAAUUAAAUCAAUCUGCAGAGGUAGAAUGGGCAUGUACUAGCAUAAGAGGAAGUCUACUGACGUCUGUGCAAAUGAAAGGACUCCCAAAGAGGAAAUGGCCUUAACCCUGUGUUAUGCUGCCCUAGGUGGAGUCAAGGUGAAUGCUUUCUUCACAACAAAAAACUUGUGCAGCUUGGGAGUUCAGAUUAUUGAGUAAUAUUAAAAGCGUGUAAAUGAUUACAUGGCCGCAGUGCCCCUGACUUUUACUGGCCAGUGUAGAACCCCGCUCCCUUCACAACGUGGUCAAAGAGCUGCCCUUUAAGUGAUUUACCGACUGCCCUAGCCCAACUGAUGCAACUGCGCUCCAAAACAACACAAGUGUGUAACAGCUUUUCAAACGAAAGCUGUUAAAAAAGCCAUGGCAGCGGUGCAUAGAUGUCAAUAGCAGCGCUGGAGCAAGUGCUAAUAUCAUAAUGAACUCAAAUGGAACUGUGUUAAAGAGUGGAGUUCCAAAAUUUUGUCACAAAGCUAAGUUUGGUAAACUGCCAUACCUUGUUGUACACGAAUGACGCCCGUGCACUAAUUAAUGCACUGUUGAACUUGAAACACUUUUUAAAACCGCGCUCUUGCCAAAAAAAAAUAAAAAAAUAAAAACGGUAAUUCUCAAGAAAAAGCUUCAGAUGAACAAGGAUGCCGUUAUGUCCCGAUACAAAUGUGGGCCACUGUAUCAAGUUCUUUAGUGUGCCGCAGGGAACAGUACCAUUUCUGAGGUCGCUAUUCGUGCCACUUUCUGCAUUUUGAGAUUUUAUUUUUUUUCUUUCAUUUUUUUUGUAAUGCAGCACUGAGAAGAUUUUUUAUUAUUAUUAUUUUUUUAUUAACUUAUUGUUGACCUAUGGAUUACUUAUAGCUCACGGUGUGAAAUGCCUUCAAGCGCUUGGCGGCAGGCGGUGGCCCGGUUCGGCGGCCUGUCCGAUCGAUGCUCUCUGAAAAGAAUCACUGGAGUGGCGAAGGCAGGGCUCUGAAGGACCCCUGUACAGUUUUUCUCCUUUUCUUACUCGUCCUCUUCGUUUGCCUGUGCGUUUAUUCGUGUGUGUGUGUGUGUGUGUGUGUUUGCUUGUGUGCAAUGUUAUGCUGUUUAUGUUAUCAUUCUAAUUUAUUGUUCUGUUCCUGAAUUUCCUGAAAAAAAAAAAGGGAAAGAAAA